AUGGAAAAAGCCUUACACUGGUCCCACAGCAAAACAAGGCUGCAGCGAUACCGGGAAGAGCUCGAGAGUCAGGAUCUGAGGAUACUGCAGGACAUGUGCAAAUCAAGGAGCUUGUAUAAGAAUUUAUCAAACAGAAGCAAAAAGGAGUCGAUCGACCUGCUUGUAGAGGCCCGGAAGAAAUCCUUCCAAGUUCCUCGGAGAGUUUUGCUGCUCGGAGAUACUGGCUCGGGCAAAUCGACUCUCGGUAACUUUCUUCUCACGGGGAGGCUGGACAAAGGGACUGAACCCUUUGCGACAAGCGGAUCUUAUGCUUCGCAAACGAAGAUUUGCGAAGAGAAGGAGGGCUAUUAUCUCGGGGAUGAGAACAACAUCAAGAUUUGUGUUUGCGAUACACCAGGGAUAAACGACUCAGAUGGGAAGUGCGAAGAUGAACAGAACUUCGAUCGCAUUCGUGAACACAUCAACAACAAUGCCUUUCACGCGAUUUUACUGGUCGUGUCCAAUGCUCGAAUGGAUGGAGCUUUGCGGAGAUUGAUGUCCUUGGUAUCAGAAGCGAUGAUGGAGGGAGAAGAUAAGACUCUGACGAGGUUGUGUAUCAUCCGUAACCAAUUCUCAUUGGGCACUAAAGAAUUGAGGGCAAGAGAGCGUUUUCUUGAACAAGCUGCACGUGACAACCUGCAUGCUAUGGUCCAGGAAGCAGUUGGGUCACCAAUCAUGCAGAGACAGCUGCAAGCAGAGGCCCAGAAACAUUGGUAUAAGCAGCAACUGAAAGCCUUCCUUCAGAGAGACGGAGGGGAUGGAGGGAUCCAUACAGUCCCUGCACACGUCGUUGAGUCGCUGUGCCAACAGCAAAUGCUUUUCCUUGAUUGCCACUAUAUUUAUAGCGAUGACGAGACAGAGAAGAAGCUGAGCAGACAUCAGUUCGAAGAUCUGCAUGAAUGGUUGAGCAUCUGGUCUGAGUCAAUCAAUUUUCGCAUUCCUCAGACGAUAAGAUUCCAUGACCUCGUGACUAUACAUGCUCAGCGCAUCCUCGAUUGGGAGAAGCAGCGUCAGGAGGAGCGAAAACAACGCGAGAAAGAUAAAGUCAAGUACUUGAAGCAAAGGGAAAUCCAAAUGGAAAAAAUUUCGCACAAGCGUGCGGUUAAAGAUCUAUGCUGCGCAAGACUUUCAGCAGAGAUAUAUCGAGAGCAAAAAGACUUCAAGGAAAACCUAGAAAAAGAAAAGAAGUUUGCGCUGGAGUACUUACAUGUGGAACAGAAUCCGUCAUUACCAAGCUUUGCAAUCUUGCGAAAAGAUCAGAAUGUGAUUGUUGUGUUUCGAGGUACACCCAAUCCGACGCUUUCUGAGAUUUGCUCCAACUUUGUCAUCCCAACAUCAUCUCGAAGCAUCGGAAGCUCAAAACAGCAUCAAGUUGAGAUGCAUGACGCCUACAGCAAGCAGCUGUACGUAGCAAUACGAGAGAAGGGCGCGGACUACCACAAAGUCUGUCAUGAGCUUAUUGCCGAGAAGCUUGAGAAGAUGAAGUUUGUGAGGUUGGUUUACUGCGGACACUCUGAUGGGGGGGCACUUGCUCUUGCAUGCGCAGCGUUACAUCUGUCAACGAGUAUCAAAGCGGACUACAAGGAGGUUGUGACCUUCGGGGCUCCGCUGGUGCUGGGGAAGGGCAUGACGGAGGAGGCGUUGAAGCCGCUUGAAGUCCGCAACUACGUGUAUGGCUCAGACUUCAUUCCCAGGCUUCUUCGGCUCAGAAAUGGCAGCGAUUCUGUCACUCCCAUGGCACUGCAAGGAUUCAUUGUAGACUUCGCUGAAAGCAAAUUCACCACGGAAUAUCAAUGGAGCCUUGAUAUGUCUUCAGUAUCGGGCAUUGCCGUUGCCGGCUCUGCAAUGGCCGUGGAGGGUUUUAUGGCAUCUUCUCUUUUGUUUUUGGGAGGGGGAGCUCUGUUCUUAGGUGCGGGAGCAGCAGCUGCUCAAUAUAUUCACAGACGAAGGGUAAUGGGUACAUACAGCACUGACUCUCUUAUGUAUUUUCUGGACAAAGCUGGCGAGUUCGGCCCAUGCGGAAAAACCAUAACAAUAUCUGUAGACGAGAGUGAUCUAUCUACCAUCCCGAUGGGUUCUGUCACAAGCAUUGAAUCGAAUCAUCGUGCAAGCACAUAUGUUUCAGAAGUAGAGAAACUUACUCAAAUCAAUGAAGACUCAAGCUGCGAAGAUCGGAACCAAUCGAAGGAUGAUACAAGAAUCGUCUGGCAGUCUGAUGGAAUUCAAUUCAAUGAAUGCAACUCAGAAGAACUCAACGAACCAAAGUGGCAGAAGUGCAUCGAUGAGGGAGACAGGCUUCUUGCUGAGGCAAGAGAAAAUCCUCAAUACUGUGUAGCCUUUGGGAAUAAGGCUGACAUUUCAUACCAAGAGGCUCUAUCUGGAAAUGGAAACAAUCCAAGGAUUGUGUCAUUGACGUCCCGCAAGUUUCUUACGCUUGAGUCGUUCAUAUUGCUGAGCGAUGCAGCGGACCCAGAAACUCGUUAUGAUAAACUGAAAGAAGCUCUAACGAGCGCAAGUCGAUGCGUUCAGGAUGGGAAUGUCAGUGCGCUAGGAAAGAAAUGGAUUGAAGAGGUUCUUGCUACGACUGUAAACAUAGUCUACAAAUCAUUGAGAUGCAGCAAUCACAUCUCUAAAGAUACGAAGAAGUCUGUUGACAUUUGCUGGGAGUUUGCAUAUGAUUCAAACAUUGAUGCUUUAGUUCGGAUUAUCUGUGGUCUUGCCUACAUUGAGUACGCCUGUGACGAAUGCAAAAAGCUCCACGACCUAGAAUGUUCGUACAAAUUGAUCCAGCUGACUCCAGACCUUGUGAACAUGAUUGAUGAAUUACUCAGAAAUCUUCCAAUGACCAAGGGCUUCGAGAAAUCUUUCAUGGAGAUUAAGACUUUGCAAAAAGACAGCAUGGCCAGAACAAGCAGUCUGAUGUUACUCUCGCAGGGAAGGAGUCAUUACAAGGAUGCUCGGAACGGGGACAUGGACAUGAAUGCUGUCUGCGACGCUCUUGUAGCUUUCAGGUCCGGCAUCGAGGCAACAGCAGGACUUUGUCCAGAGAUUCAAGCAGAGCUGCUCUCUGAGAUAGGGAAAGUGUAUGAAGAGAUCUUUCACUUCCAAGAUGCAGCACAAGACGCUUUUUCUCGAUGCAAAAAACUGGCUGAUGGGUGCUAUCCACAAGUCUUCUGUGAGUUGGAUUGGUACCAAAGAGCAGAGCAAGCAUUGAAGCAAGAACAGAUGGACGAUGAAAGAUCAGCUGAAGAUGCUCGAUUCCUGAUGGAGCUGGCUCCCGAGCUGAAAGUCCUCAAACAACACAAUAAAUGCUUGAAAGAUGUUUUGAAGUUUGUCAUCGAGCGGUAUCAACCGAAGGGGAUCAAGUAUAAGGAACACGCUGGAGAUGCGGAGAAGGAGGACGACUUCUACAUGGAAAUGCUGAAGAAUGUUCUGGGUGCUCUCCAUAACGCCAAGGACACGUCGAACAAGGAUCAGGUUCGAAACCAACAGAUCACUUUGACUCUACUCCAGUACAUCGAUCGUCAUGCUAAGGGUAUGUGA